UUUCUCUCCUUUCGCGCUGCGCAUCGAUGAGGUUCUAGCGUUCAUCGAUCUGCACAAAAAUUGUUUACAAUGGCAUCCGAAUUACUAAGUUAUGUCGACUUGAGCAAGCAGAGUCUAUGGGUUGCUGCAGGAGCCAUUGCAUUCAACCCGACAUUUUGGAAUAUUGCAGCUAGACAAGAGUAUCACAACAAGGUCAUCACGAGGCUUUUUGGAGGCAACGCAUAUUACGGUUGUUAUGCCCUAGCGGUGACGAUCUUCUCAAUCGGUAUAUUCCGUGACACACUCUUCGAACGCGCUCUGCGCGACCAACCUUCGCUCCCGCUCCUCACAGAAUCGCCACUUACAAAGCCUCUUGCUGGUGCCCUAUUUGCUAGUGGCAAUGUCCUUGUCCUCAGCAGCAUGUGGGCUCUCGGUGUCACGGGUACUUAUCUUGGCGACUACUUCGGCAUAUUGAUGGAUGAAAUGGUGACAGGUUUCCCUUUCAACGUUACCAAGUCACCAAUGUACUGGGGUAGUACAAUGAGCUUCUUGGGUACAGCCUUGUGGUUCGGCAAGCCCGCAGGAAUAUUGUUGACAUUGGAGGUGUUUGUCGCAUACUGGAUCGCCCUGAAGUUUGAAGACCCGUUCACUGCGGAAAUUUAUGCCAAGAGAGAGAGGGAACGUGCGAAAGGAAAAAAGGGCAACUAGAAUAGAAGGAAUUAUGCUAGCAGAUCAUUGUGGGUGAGUCACAUAUACGAUCUGAUGUGGUUCUCAACGAAGUAAAAUACCCGUACAUUGCGUGGAUCAUUCCGCAUUCAACAUUUAGCGGCGGCGUUGGUGGAGUUCAAAAUAUAUGCUAAGGCCUUUGGAUACAGACGUGGUAGACGCUAUAAGGACUCCAACAUCUUCACAUCGGCCACAGCGUAGUUGAUACAUUUGCGACUUCAUGCCAAGGCUUGUUUAGAUUCUUGUGUUUUGAAGACCUCAUCAUAUAAAAUUUGAAUUUUUACAUUUUGCAACGUAAUACAAAAAUGCCACACAAUUCUUAUUCAAGAAGAA